AAGGAAGGAAGGAGCAGAGUAUAGUUGGCAGCAGGAGACGAGAAAGGCGACCAGAGAGGAAACAUGGAUUUUGCUCGUCUCACUGAGGCCUUGGAUUCCAAAUCUUACGAAAAGAUCGCUGAUAUUUGUGAUGAACUCAUGCUUCAGGCUGCAGCUGAAGGCAUUGCCUAUCAGGAUGAAUGGCCUUACACAAUCCAUUUUCUUGGCUACCUUUAUGUUGAUGAUAUCAAUAGUGCUCGAUUUCUCUGGAAAGCAAUACCUUCCACUAUAAAAGAGAACCGACCAGAACUGGUUGCAGUUUGGAAAAUUGGCCAAAAGCUAUGGAUUCGGGACCAUGGGGGUGUUUAUGAGGCUAUUGAUGGAUUUGAUUGGUGUCAAGAGGUUCGAGGCCUAUUAGCAGCAUUUUCAGAUCUUUACAGAAAAAGAAUGUUUCAGUUGCUGGUGUCUGCUUAUUCUACGAUAAGUAUCCAUGAUACAGCUCACUUCUUGGGAAUGAAUGAGGAAGAAGCCAAAAAUUAUGUAACACCGCAAGGAUGGAUUGUUGAUGUUGCUUCUCAAAUGUUCACUGUGAAGAAACAACAAAUUGUGACAGAGCAGAAGUUAGAUUCCAGCAAAUUGCAGCGCUUGACCGAAUACGUUUUCCAUCUCGAACAUUGAGCAUAAAUGCUUUUAGUUCUCAGUUCGUUCGUUCCAUGUCGUUUAGAACGAACCGUGCUUUGAAAUACUUGGGAUAUCAACUGUGAACUGCUCUCCUAUAUUUCUUAGAGAUUGUUACUUUUGUAUAGCUUUAAAAACCUUAGCAAAGAUUUUACUCAUUUGAAAAAGGCUUACAUUGAUUCAUACUCCUAGAAACUCUUAUGCUCGUAAAUGAAUUCCAUUUAAAUCAUUGAUGGUU